AUGUCUCUUUUUGGCUAUAUCUUUAGCAAAAGGAGGCAGGCUCGUAAUCUAUCCUUACAUCUGCUCAAUUUUGCUUGGAAUGCCCCUGUCUUAGUCACUGUUCUCUUAUUGUUCCUGUAUAUUUUUGCGUCGUCCGUCUACUUUAUACAUUUUGUUAAUUCGGUCCUUAAUCGAAAUUCGUUGUCGCUAGAUGACCUCCCGCAGAGCUACGUGAAGACACUCGAUGAAGCUAUCAGCAAACACCAGCCAACGUACAACGUCACCCUCCCGAAAGACGAUUUAGCGACACCCAUACCGCAUAUCAUCCACCGAACCUAUAAGACCCCGGAGUUCCCGGAAAUUUGGCAAAACGCCUAUAACUCCUGUCAGAUCUUGCUUCCCGAGUAUACGCACUACUUCUGGACUGACGAGACGGCGCGCCAAUUUAUCGAGACAAAAUUUCCAUGGUUCUUGCCAACAUACGAUGGGUAUAGAUACGGCAUUCAACGGGUGGAUUCACUUCGAUAUUUCCUCCUCUGGCAUUAUGGGGGAGUAUACUUGGAUUUGGAUGUCGGAUGCCGUCGUGAUAUUCGCCCGUUGCUAGAAUAUCCCGCACUUCUUCCGCGAACAUGGCCCUUUGGUGUGAGCAACGACGUAAUGGCAAGUUCGCCAGGUCAUCCGUUGAUGAUAAAAGCCGCAUUAAGCCUGCAUGAGCAUAACGUGUGGUAUAUCAGUAAAUAUAUAACGGUUUUCUUUACCACUGGGCCGAUGUUUUUGUGCAGCAUUAUCGCAUCGUGGCAUCGGCUACCAAGAGCCGAUGGGAAUACUCUGGCUGCAACCUACAAGGAACCACAUGGUCUCGCCAUCAUACCGACGAUAUUCUAUGACACGACCGAAUACGCUUUCUUUUCGCAUUUUCCCGGUUCCACAUGGCAUGGAAAUGAUGUCGCCAUCCUCUCGUGGUUGUACCACUACUUAUGGAUCUUCAUUCUAGCAGGUUUCGCUCUCAUGAUCACAUCGAAUGUUCUCGGUUAUACAAGGCGUGCGAGGAGACGGAUACCGCGCUUUGUGCUGAAGCAUGAACUGGUGUGA